AUGAAGCUCAAGCUUAUCAUAAAUGGACCAGAGUCGCCAGAAGACUAUAAACUUCUGAAAUCUACGAUCUCAACGGUGGCCUCGUUGCGAAAAACCGCAGUUUUAAGGUUCACCAGUGAACGUCUGGUAAUAGUGUCGACACCGACUUCAACGGCAUCUAGUAGCUCUAUUUUGUACGCCGACAAGGGCCAACUAUGGUGUACAAUACCAAGGGAUGUUUUUUCGUCUUAUGAGGUCGUCAGUGCUCGAGAUCUAAAUACAAUUACCAUGGAGUGCAGCUGCGAUGUGCUCCAGAACAUAUUCAAGAAGUAUGACAAGAGUAUCAGCUUGGGGAAUGAAGGGAUCAUGACCAUAAAGCUGCAAAGCAUGCCAGAGUGGAACACUAAUGUGUUGUCAAAUGUGGACAGUAAAAACCCAGCAUCCAGUGGAUCAAAAGUCAAUCCUGUGUGUGCGUUGGGGGUGACAUUUGAGGAAGUGAUUAGCACCGACAUAGAUGCAAAUACAGCAGUGAAGAUGGGAGGUGUCAUCGGGUCCGGAAGCACCAAGACUAUAUCCCAUUCUUUUAAAGUACCCACGAGGCUUUUAUUUCGCGCGCAGGACGCCAAAAUACAAGAGCCAAUGAUCAACUACACCCAGCUUAUGAUGUACAGACUGCCCUCGCCACGGGGAGAGUGGGGUCGCGGCUUUGCCAGCUUUAUCAGGCGCAUAGAAAGGUAUUCAAAUGUUCACAACAUCAAGCUCAGCGGCAAUAAGUUUUGGCAAAACAAUGACGGAAGAGUCAGUGACCAUGAAUUUAAAAUUGUGGUGAAUGAGCUGGAUUGGUAUCUUGAGAUAUGCUGGAAUGGCCCUUUGGAUGCAAUGGUUCCGCCACAGGGUGCAGACGAAGAGCCCGCAGACCCACCUGCAGUACAACCGGAAGUGAAUGAUGAAGUUCAGGUGGAAGAAACGCACGAACAGAGCUUAUUCAUAGAGGAAAGCUUUGCUUCUGAAAAUCUCAAUAGUGCCGACUCGGGGCCCAAUGGUGACGAAGAUAGCGGUAAAGCGGAAGUUUCAGUGCGAGGGCCAGAUGUCCCAUCGAAACAUGAGGUUGUGAUACGAACUAAGGAUUGGAAAGUUUGCUCAAAAUUGUACGAGGCAUUCGAAGAGAUCGUUUUGGCCAUUUCCUAUGAUGAAUCUUGUGUCUUUCAUUGCACGCUACCAAGAGGAAAUAUUGAGGACCAAGACGGCGAGCGCCCUCGCGAGCACGGCCAAGUGAUUUAUUACAUGGCUAGAGCUCGAAAAAUCUAG